GAAGAUGCUGGGCUGAUUCAUGCGGGAUAGUCGCAUUUAAGAUUAUUAAUUUCUCCUUAAUUGUCACGAAAAUGACUACCAGAGAUUCAGGGUGCACCAACGUUUCCAUCCCAAUUUGCGAAAACAAGAGGAAUGCCAGUGGGAGUGUAUCCGUUGGAUUUCCAAUAACCAUGAUGGUCACAGGCGUCGUUGGCAACUCUUUAGCGCUUAUUUUGGUGUACAUAUCAUAUAGAAAAAAGGAAAACAGAAGGAAAAAGUCUUUCUUACUUUUCAUCGGAUCUCUGGCGUUGACGGAUCUGUUCGGGCAACUUUUGACGAGUCCAAUUGUUAUAUCAGUUUACCUGGCUGAUCUGAAAUGGUGCACAAUUGACACCUCUGGGAACCUGUGCGCCUACUUCGGUGUUUGCAUGACAACUUUCGGGCUGUGCGCUCUGUUUUUGGCCAGUGCCAUGGCCAUAGAAAGGGCCAUGGCGAUAACAAACCCCCACUGGUACUCGAAUCACAUGAAGACAAGUAUCACAAAGCAGACCUUGGCUGCCAUAUGGUGUUUUGGGUUUCUCUUUGCUCUGCUGCCCAUUGCGGGGAUCGGGGAGUACACGAACCAGUGGCCGGGCACCUGGUGCUUCAUCAGGACGGGGAAGAGUGAAGCUCAUGGCAACGUGUUUUUCGCCAUCACUUUCGCUGUUUUCGGGAUUUUCUCCCUACUUGUGACACUUUCCUGCAAUGUGAUGACUAUCCGAGGUUUAAUCAUCCGAUGUAAAACAAAGACUGGGGCAUCCCAGUCUUCAAAGCAGUGGGAGCGUCUCACCACGGAGACCGUCAUCCAGCUGUUGGGAAUCAUGUGCGUCCUGAUUAUUUGCUGGUCUCCUCUGCUGGUGUUGCUGCUGAGGAUGAUCUACAACCAAGUAUCCUCCCAAGAAUGUAAUUCAACAUAUGCAAAACCAGGCACCAGCCAGAGCAAAGUUUUAAACCUAGAUUGUGACUUCUUUCUGACCGCGAUACGUUUGGCCUCCCUCAACCAAAUCCUGGACCCAUGGGUCUAUCUGCUCUUCAGGGAGAUCCUCCUGCGAAAGUUCUGCAUCAUGGCCAAUGCUGUCUCCAAUUGCUCUGUAGAAGAUCGGAAGGAGACCCAGACAGCACUGGAUGCUCUCAACAAACAGAAUCAAGAUGGCAAUAACAUUUGUAAAUCACCAAGUAGCUAAGUCAGCUUUUGGCAGUAUUUACUAUCCUAUGAUCUUCAGGUCAAAAUGUUUUCAGAAUUAUAGAAAUUCAAACAGAAAGCAAAUGAAUGGAUAACCUUCUACAUAAGGACUUGGGAUGCAGUGGGAUGCAGCUGAGCCUCCUGUACAGGUAUAGACAGCUGUUUUGUCUAAAAAAACAUUUCAUUGAAGGCCACUGAACCAGCAUGUGGAUGCAUAACUGCCCUCUCUUGAAUUUGGCUGCAGGGCGGCCUUCAUCACGUUCUCAUGGCCAAGGUUUACAUAAACCUCUGACAGAUGCAGCAUCUGAAUGAGGAUUACUUCUGACUGACGACUUGUUUAGCUCACGAAGCCAUGGGUUGAUUAAAAGACUGUCUAAUGUAUGUUUUUUGGAGUGAAGAAAACAAUGAGAAAAGUGUUUAAAAUAUGUUGUAAAUAACUUUGCUUUCUCUGCUGUGAUACACACAAUUUUUCUUAGAAAAGCAAUCCAUGCUUAUUUAAAGAAAAUAUGUAUUCUAAAUUGGAGCCAACUGUUGAAUAUACAGUUAUUUAUUAGUGUCUGUAAGAUGAUGCUACCUGCUGGGCUCCACUUGUAGCAGAUUUAUACCCUCCGGCAUUUCACGCAUCUUGACUACCAGCCAGGACUAAGAGAUGUGAAGUUUUGUUGGCAGGAUCAGCCUGAACAUAAAACGCAUUGCACACAUA